AUGGCAAGACUCUCUGUCGAUUAUGCUGCCGGCGAAACAUCCGAGAAGACAACAAUUUCAGGCUCCAAAGCUGGGAAUCAACAGAAUUGCUAUAGCGGAGGUCGUCGGACAGUGUGCCCUGAUAAGAUGACCGAAUUGCGAAAAAGCGGUCAGACCACUUCUAUACAUUUUAAGGCGACGGCGCCCAAAAUAAAGGUCACAACAUCUUGA